UCUGCAGACAUGGAAGAAAUGACCAUCUGGGAACAGUACACAGUGACCUUAAACAAGGACCCUCGGAUGGGAUUUGGAAUUGCUGUGUCUGGAGGAAGAGACAAACCCAGCAGUGCUGAUGGAGACCCUUCUGUAAUAAUCUCUGAUGUGGUUCGUGGAGGUCCAGCAGAUGGAAGACUCCAAACUCGGGACAGAAUUGUUAUGGUAAAUGCUGUUUCCAUGAUUGGUGUGACCUCCUCCUUCGCCAUCCAAACCCUAAGAACCUGUGGAAGAACAGCCAACUUAACAGUGAAGAGAUCUCGCAAGAUACAGAUUCCAUCCAGCAGGAGUGCUUCUCAUGUUCCUUCACAAGAUUCCUUUCGUUCAGGUGCCAACCGCCAUGAUGAUUUUGCUUCUGAUGAAGAUGAUGGUUACAGAGCAAAUAAACCGAACUCAUAUCAUCUACAAAGCAGAGACCAGAACUCUGAUUACAGCAGGGGCUACAGUACAAAUAACUAUUCUGUAGACAGAGAAAGACAGAACCAAAAUAAUGACUCCUACAAUGAAAGGAGUUACAGCCACUACAGUGAGAGACAUGCAUCUAAAUCAGAUUAUGAUCAGUAUAGUCAGGAUGACAUUAAUGAGAGGCAGAGUCAUGCUGAGACUUAUGAGAGGCGGAGUGAAGAUGGCAGCUAUUAUAGGAGUAACCAUGGCUCAGACUCUAAUGCUAGUCCAGUACCACUGGUGUCUUCAGGAUUUAAACGAUUACCACAGCUAGAGGAUCAACUGAAACCAAUGAGAGCUACUUUGGUCAAAAGCCGAUCCAAUGAAGAGUAUGGCCUGAAACUCGGUAGCCAAAUUUAUGUAAAGCACAUGACUCCGACUGGUCUUGCAGCCAAAGAAGGUAUAUUGCAAGAGGGCGACCUUGUUCUUAAGAUUAAUGGUGUUGUGACUGAGAACAUGUCCCUGGCAGACACAAAACGAUUGAUCGAAAAAUCUGAAGGAAAGCUGGACCUCUGGGUUUUAAGAGAUAAUCAGCAGAUCUUGGUAAGCCUUCCUGAGAUGCACGACAGCGAUGCAUACAGCUCAGAUGAGAUAGAAGAUAUUUCAGAUAUUGAGUCAGACAAUGUACGACAUCCCAAACAGAAUAUACCACGUGCUGAGCCUGAUGGGAUAGUGAAAGAACUUUCUCGGAUUCCAGACACACCAAAUGGAAGACUGGUUGUGCCUUCAAUAGAGCUUAACUCUGAACCACUUUAUGAUCAACCAGCUAAAGAACAGUCAAUCUACAGCACCUGGCCAAGAGCACCUGUUCGGAGGUUAAGUGAUGAUUAUAGUGUGGGUUACAGCCCUGACACAAAACUGGUGAGCUUUGUGAAGGAGGAAAGCAUUGGCUUGCGUCUGGCAGGAGGCAAUGAUGUUGGUAUCUUUGUUGCUGGGGUGCAAAGUGGCAGUCCUGCUGAAAAACAGGGGAUCCAAGAAGGAUACCAGAUCCUGAAGGUGAACAAUGUUAGUUUUCAAAACUUGACCCGUGAGGAGGCAGUAUUGUUUCUUCUUGACAUUCCCAGAGGCGAGGAGGUCCUAAUAGAGGCUCAGAAUAAACAAGAUAUAUAUAGAAAGAUGCUACUGUCCAAUGUGGGGGACUCCUUCCAUAUCCGGACGCACUUUGACUAUGAUGCUACCAACCCGUAUACAUUAAACUUCUCACGUGGCGAUGUGUUCCGGGUCAUGGACACCAUGCAUGAUGGUAAACUUGGAGCAUGGCUGGCAUCUCGUGUGGGCCCUGAUUUCAAAGAAUUGGAAAAAGGGAUUAUUCCCAACAAAAGCAGAGCAGAGCAGAUCGCCAAUGUAGAGGUGGUUCAGAAGUUAUCCACAUCUAGCUCUGGUGCUCGGGCUGAGUUCUGGAAGAUGAGAGGACUGAGGGGAGUGAAGAAGAAUUUGAGAAAGAGCAAAGAUGACCUUGCAGCCCUCACUGCCCGUAAUAAGUUCCCACCAUAUGAGAAGGUAGUUCUUAGAGAGGCCAACUACAAACGUCCGGUUGUUGUUCUGGGACCAAUCACAGAUGUGGCCCUCCAAAGGCUUUCAUCCGAAUGGCCUGAAGAGUGUGAAAUGGCACAAACUGUACCCAGAGGAGAGGGGACAUCUGUGGUCAUCAAGCUGGAUGCUGUACAGAAGAUUGCUGAGAGGAAUAAGCAUGCUCUGUUGGAUAUCACACCCUCUGCUAUUGAGCGCUUGAACUACAUACAGUAUUAUCCUAUUGUUGUGUUCUGUAACCCUGAAAGCAAGCAGGGAGUGAAAGUCAUGAGGCAGAGACUCUGCCCACAGACGAACAGAAGUUGCCGGAAGCUUUAUGCACAAGCCGUCAAACUGAAAAAGUACUGCUCCCAUCUUUUUACAGCCACUAUAAAUCUGUCCUCAGGAAGUGAUUCUUGGUAUCUAAGCCUCAAAAAUAUCAUAAAAGAACAUCAGUCCCGCCCCAUCUGGUUUGCAGAAGAGAAGGAUGCAAGUCGCACUGACGAUGGUCUGGAAAUGAUAAAUGAGCCAAUGGCCAGCACAUCUGACUACCUGAGCUGUGACAGUCGUGCAAAUAGUGACUAUGAAGAUACAGAUGCAGAAGGGGGAGCUUACACAGAUAAUGAAAUGGAAGACACCUUUGAAGAGCCAGCACUCGCAAGGUCUUCAGAGCCUGUGCGUGAUGAAGAUGACUACCCUGCCACACAUUUCCAUGGUUAUGGUAAUAGGGAAUCUCCAUUACAGUCCCACUCACCUGAACAGGUUCAAGCAGCACAAGCUGAAGGCCAGAAAAGGGAAGAACUAGAUGAUAGGCAGUAUGAAAUAAGCAGACUGAAGAAGAAGUUUGCUCAUGCAAGGACUAGUUACAGCUCUGAGGAGGAGGAGGAAGACUACAGCUGGGGGCCAGCAACAGAGCUCUGAACCUUGCCCACUGUGGUCAUUAGUGCUACAGAGGGUCGGGAAAAUAACACUAUGACUAGUAUUUCAGUGUAGUCACAGGAAAGGGGUUAAAAGAAAUGAGCAUCAGAAAUGAAAUGUGCAGUCCCAUCAGCAAAACAGGAGCGGUGACCGAAAGAUCUAUGCGCGACUCCAGUGUUCUGGUACAGUGAGCUAUGCACUGGGCUUUUGAAUCUUGUGGAAAAGAAAUGCAAAGUGGACUACAGUGGUUUUCCACUUCAAUAAAAGAAGGCCGUCAGCAAACUGCGACCAGUACUAAUCUUCAAACUAAGAAGGGCCUGUCCUUCUAAAAUAUAAAAACUUUUGUGAUUCUUCUAGAUAAAUAUAGUACUGGGUAAAGAAAAUUAUAAGGAUCAUACAGACUUUUCUAUUACACUGAUCUUGCAGCAGUUACUACCUUUUCUUGUGGAAAGCCCUUAGUGCACCUGACCUCUUUUCAGUUGAUGGCAUUGAUUCUGCUAGCAUUGUGGGCUUUUGUAAGCAGCACACAGCUGGUGUGGCUGGAAUUAGAGUAGUCACCAUUUGCACUAGUGACUUUUUAAAUGUACAAGAGCCAUGAAAUGAGAGGAAGUUCUACAAAGAGAUGAAUAGUGAGAACAUUCUUUCUUUAUGCUGUACAGACCUAAAGAAAUGCUUUAAAGCAAAGGACACAUAUGAGUACACACAGACGUUAUGAUGUGCAGCACAGCUAUAACAUGAAUAGUGAUAUUUAUGAAACCUGCCAUAGAUCACCUUGUUCCUUUUAACUUCUUUUGCUGAUGUAGAUUUAUUGUGAUGUGUUCUCCUCAGAACUUGACUGCAAAGGAGAGGGCAGUUUUUAACAGAUUAGUAGGUUGACUUAUUUAAACUGUGCCUUCAUAUUUGGAACCAGAAUGUGCUUUAUUUAUGUGUUACUAGUAACUGCAAAGCCUAUUGUAUGUCUGCAGAGGUAUGUGAUCACACUGUUACGCUGUGCUGUUGCUGAUGCAUCAGAUUGUUUUUGAAUAGAAACUCCUUCCAUUGGAAUGCUAACUAGCACACAGUAAUACUGUGUACUUCUGUUCUUUCCUCACAGCAGAGCUCCAUAUUCUUUGUAGGUCUUCUGCUUUUCAAGAAUUCUACAGUGUCCAUAGCUGCGGUGUGAACAUUUAAUAUUAAUGUACACUAAUACUGCUUCAGGCAGUCAGAAGCAUUGUUACGGAGCAAUCCAGAACGGUGUUCCUGGCUCAGGCAGCAUGUAAGUGUGCUUGUGCUGCUUUCAGCUCAAGAUGUACAAGGUGUAGUCAUUUUCCUCUUGUCUCAUCUGCACCACCCCAAUUUUCCAUAGUGACUGCUGUGGCAGUGGUAUGUUUUUCUAUUCCUCUAAAAGAGGAAAUUAGUCCUACUUCAUUCAUUCCUCCUAUACCCAACACCCGGGCUACUUGUCAGACCUUUACUGACUGUGAGGAGGGACAACCCUACCUUAGCAUCAUUAUACUGGCUAAUACGAAAUUAAUACUUACAAUUUAAGUAACAGCUGAAGGUGUCUGAACUCUUAAAGCAUUCACUGGCAUUUACUACUCUUUUCCAGAGUUUUGGCCAGGAUGGGUAAUUCGUGUUUAUGUGAAUGCCAGCAUUUAUGUGAACAGUAUAUUAACUCUGUGUGGAAUAAUGACCAAUAUAAUAGCAGUAGGAAACUUUACAGGUCUGUAAAAUGGCACUUUUAAAAGUGAGUUUUGAAUUAUCUGGUUUCACACUUUGAACUUCUGGACUAUGAGAUUCAUUUGCAAGACUACAUCAUUCUUACUUGGAAAAGCCAUUUUUCACUGUUUUCUGCAUCAUUUUUUUGUAAUAUAGAAGCCUGUUACGAGAUCUCCAUUCCUGUAGUGCUUUACCUGGAGGUUUGUAAUAUCUCUAUAGGUCAGUGGCUCUACACCAAGACAUGGAGUAUUGGAGGCUCUUAAAAUAAAAUUCACAGCCAAUGUACUGGGAGAUCAUUUUAGAUUUUCUAUUUUAUGCAGGAAAUUGUUCCAAUGUACUCAGCUGUCAGAGGCCACAUUUUCAUUCAUCCUUCAAAUUGUCAGUGCAGAGUGAUAUCUACAGAGUACAUCUGUAAUCCUAUACCUGCUGUCAGUGUUUGUCACAGUCAUGUAAAUUAUGGUAGUAGUCUGCUAGUAAUAUUCUGGUUUCCAGCAGAUAUUAACUGCAUACAGUCUGUAGCUGGACCUCUACUGGGAGGAUCUGUGUCAGAUAUUCAGUGUGCUGAUGUGUAGGUUGGUCCUCCUUGCAGGGAUCUUUAACAUAAGCUAACACAGUAGAGAUUUCUAAGUAUGGCACUCCAAUGAGAAUCUCUUCCCUAGAACCUGGCACAGCAUCCCCUGUUUAACCCUUGCACUGCUGCUUGUAGAAGCCACAAUUAUACCAACUUCUACAGGGCUUCAGAUUGUAUGCGUCCCUGCCUGUAGACCAGCUCAAAGCAGCCGCAUCUUUUUUGUCAGCCCCCUUUGUAUACCAACCUGUCAUCAUCUCUCUUAAAGCCUAAGGAAAACUGCUGUAUCAAUAAUGCCUUUCUGGUAACCCUUUUUCCUAGUUCUGUUCAAACAUACAAGAAACACAUUAAAGCUAUAACACCCAGUAACUGGUAAUGUUGAGCAUCCCCCUCAGGUUGUUGGGUGAGAAAGGGGGGGGUGUAAGUUUCUAAUUAUGGUACUCCUUGGAUCUUGGAAUACACUUUUAGCUUGUAGAUUGAACAUCACUGCUUUGUACUGAACACACAAUCAUCUUUGCUAGCCACACAUGAAAAGGGUACAGUUAAUCACAUAACAUUUGUACUGAACAUCGUAGGCAUUAUGCACACCUGAAGGAGUGUUGUGCAUUUUAAAUGGUGAUAUUAAAAAUGAACUGUGUAUUAAUGGAGCUGCCAACUGAAAGGUAUAUUAUUAUGUCAUGACUACAUCCAGUAGGAUCUUGUGCAGUUUCUAAAUUUAAGGUGAUUAGCAGUUAAAACACAAAAAGGUCAUGUGACUUGUUCCCCUCUGGGAGACUGAAAUAUUUUCCAGGGUCUUUACAAGAAUGUGUCUUGUAUUUUAAUAUAUAAACAUAAGAUCAUGUUAAAUAUUUUAGGUACUUUUUGUACAUUUUGAAAAAUUGUACAUAUUGUAUUUUCUGUCAUAUUGAAAAACACAUUAUCUUAUGAGUGAUGGUGGUAGGGCUGAAAAAAGAAUUACAGUGCUCUGUUAAAACUCCACUUUUAAAAUUGACUGUGCUUUGUUGCCUUCAUUAUGUGUCAUAAAGUUGUAAAAUUUCUCAGGUAUUUCUGCAAAGUGUGGUUAAUAAACAACGGGAUAUUUUCGCAACUUUCAGUUUUUUUAAUCCCUAGAAAACUAUUUCGUCUUUGAUAAAGGUCACUAACAGUAAGUUACAUUUGCGAUUACAAAGCUGCUCCAUGGUGCAGAGAAGGGAUAAAGCCCUGAUUAUGUCGCAGGUGGCCCAAGGUUGAAUUGCUGCCUGGUUGCCCAUAGCAACUAGCAAGGGAGGAUUACAAGCUGGGGGUUGAGAAUCAGGGGCCUGUGAAGCAGCCAGAAAGGCAUCUUGAAAGGCUGGAAGUAGAGAAGGGGACUGCAGAUGGUGAGGGUUGAAACAUCUAAAGUAAUUCAAAAUUCCUCUUUUUUGUUUCUGAGACAUCUGAUGCCUGCCAUUUGAAAUGCUGUCUCAUAAGAGAGAUGGUAUCUCCAAAAGAGAAUUCCUCCCCUGGAGAUUCUGGACUGACAGAGUCCAGACCACCUCAGGGGUGAUGAAGUUUUUAGGGGAUUCAGGUUGAGAACAGUAAGUAAGGGAGUCUUCAGAGGAAGAGUAUUCUUCCUCAGACUCUUCUAAGACCUGCACAGGAGUAGGUGCAGGUUGGGGUACUUGUGACUGUAGGACCUGGAAUGCCCUGAAAAGAUUCUGGUUGAAAAAUUCCCAUCCAGGAGCAGAUGGCUGUUCAAUAUGUUUUGUUUUUUGUUCUCUCUCCCCAGGAGAGUGUUUGGAUGGGUGGAUUCAGAUGCUGACAUCUGUGAGGCUUGCAGAGCAGGAGUAGGCCCCUUUGCCAUCAGCCGUGGUUCCCCCACCUCAGUGGAUGUACUCAUUGUUUCUUUCAGGCUGGCUUCCAUUAUGGUUCGUGGGUCUGAUUGAGAAACAGGCGUCCGAUGGGGCCUUGGGCUAACAUCUGCCUUGAGAGUCUCACCGGACUCCUGAAGUGCAGCAUGGGCGUCGGGGCUAACUUUUUUGGCCUUCUUCCUAGGCGGCUAGUCGGAAGUAACUGGCUCGCCCUCCAUACCUAAAGCUGGAGUCUUUGAUUCUCGAGGUAAAGUUUUAGAGCAGCCAGAUGGCUAUGAAGUGUUUUAGGCAAAAAUGACUUACAAAUAUCCCAGGAUGUAUGGUCAUGGGCCUCCCCUAGACAAAACAAGCACUUAUCAUGCAUGUCCUUGUGUGGAAUUUGUCUUCCACAAGUGCACUUCCCCUUCCUAGUUGACAUGUACGUCUGAAAAGCUAAGUGAAUAGUUAACAAAACCCCCAAAAGGGUACCUAACUGUAGCAGGUGGCCAUCAAACAAGCAAACUGUAUCCCAAAGCCGGCAAUCUGAAGUCCGGCAGAAAAGUUCUGAAGAUGGUACAUGCAGACGUCACUUUUACAGCUAACACUGGUUUAUGGCUGUAACAUCAAAUGUUGCAUGUGUGCCUGCUCCUAAGACAUUGGUGUACUGGCCAGAUGUCCGGUGCUGCAGGCAGCAACCUCCUUACAGUUAUGAAUACUGCACCAUGAGAAUAGAAGGACAUCAAGUAAGUUACAACAUUUGCAAUUACAAAGCUGCUCCGUGGUGCAGAGAAUGGAUAAAGCCCUGAUUAUGUCACAGGUGGCCCAAGGUUGAAUUACUGCCUGGGUGCCGAUAGCAGCUGGCAAGUGAGGAUGGGAGUGAGCAACCAAUAUGUACUUGCCCAUUCUGGGGAUGAAGGAGUCUCUGACUUGCCAAGUGGGUUACAUCGAGCAGGAGAGAUAGGCAUCUAACUCAUGGAGCUUAAGUCUAUUGAGCCCAUGUAGCAAUGUGCAAUUUGCACUGUUAGCUGAGGAGAACCCUUAGAGGCAGCUGUAGCAGAGUUCAGAAGAGCUACUGCAAGGGAUGGAGCUGCUCUGUUGGGGAGAGUAUGAGACGCUGCACAGGACCUGCAUAGCUGCCCCACUCUCUAAUGAGCGUCUCUCGAGCAAGUGGCUAAGUUCAUGGGCACAACAAAUGCGCCAUAGGGCUCUCUCCUGCCCAGGAAUCCCCAGGUCCUUUGACAGCUGAAUGAAUGAAUCUAUUGUGGGCAGGUAGAGGAGCCACUGGGCUUGGUCCCGUGGUGAUACCAUUUAUUUUUUAUCCACCUUUUCUGCUCUUCUUUUCAAGCAAGGGACUGUAUAAGGUGUGCACAAAUCCCCAUGAUGAAUAAUUCUGGUCUUGUGCUCAUGUUAGGUGGAGCCCUGGUUGAUAUGCAGUGCACACAAAAAUAGCCAGUGUUGCUAGAAUCUUUCUUUAUUUCUGCUCAUCUCUAUUAGUUCUUCACUGCAUGUGUCAGCAUCGGUGUCAUUUUGUCUGCAGAGUAGCUUGCUCUUCUCAGUCAUUUACAGUUUUUGUUGAAUAUUAUUAGUCAAAGUAAAACAAAAUAUUUGUUUUAGGCUAAUGGCCAUUUUUAUUACUAACCACAAAUCUGUAUUUUGCUGCUAUUUUGACUCAUUUCCCCCUAAAGAAUAGCAGGAAAUUUGGAAAAAGAAUAAAGUUAGAAGUGAAUCACCAAAAGAAGCAGACAAAGAACUAAAAAAAAAAAUGAUGAAUUCCAUUUGAACUGCUGGAAAGAGUGUUAGCAUUCAGACAGCUCCCCAAAAAUAG